AUGUGUGAGCAGGGGGAUAACGAUGAUACUGGAUCGUAUCAUCUUCUUUAUCCCGACUAUUAUCUUGAGAUUGCCAAGGGUGGGCAUCUCACAGCUCAGGCUGGCUACUAUGCACUACCCAUUAUUAUGGGCCUAAUCGCGCUCGGUAGGAACCUGGGCACAUCGGUCGACGUCUCUGACCCUACGAAGGGCGUGAUUGGUGAUGAUAUUCCGCAGAUGACUAUGGUGACUGUGGACCUAAUCUUUCCGUCCCGGUUGCAGGAGCGUUACAAAGUUGGGUUUGAGCGGAUGGUAUGUUGA